CAAGCAUACAGAUCAACCUACCCACCUUUACAAAUCCGCAUCGCAUAAUCGCACUCACACUCAGACUCAGACAUCAAACCCUCAAAAUGGCCGACAUCCUCACCCAACUCCAAACCUGUCUAGACCAGCUCGCAACCCAAUUCUACUCCACCCUAAGCUACCUAACCACCUACCACGACAACAUCCCAACGAUACCCCCACCCGACAUCCCCCCCUCGCUCUCCGCGCCCCCACUCGCAAAAAUCCCCAAGAACUCAUCCACGCCUCCCGUCCCCGCAACAAUCGCCCAGCAUCAAACAACAACCCAAACCUCUCCACCCCCACCAACACCCAAUCCGCAAGAGAACCCGGAAGGAGGGGAAACAGACCCGGCACUACCUGCGCCGGACAGCGCGGAACUGUUCGCUGCUCGACAGCGCGAACUGGCUCGAGACUUGGUGAUUAAGGAGCAGCAGAUCGAGUAUUUGGUUAGUGUGUUGCCGGGGAUUGGGAGUAGUGAGGAGGAGCAGGAACGGAGGAUAAGGGAGUUGGAACGGGAGUUGAGGGGUGUGGAGGGGGAGAGGGAACAGAGGAGGAGGGAGUUGGGGGAGUUGAGGAGGAGGUUGGGGAGUGUGCUCGGGGUUUUGGAACGGGGGGUUUAUUGAGUUGUUCCUUCGAGGAUGGCGUAGGGGUGGUGCGUUAUUUUUGGGGAAAAUGGAGGUUUAAGGUUAAUGAGGGGUUGGGUAAUUGGUAUGAAAAAUGGAGGUGUUGGAACAUGAAUCAAGGUUGAUUGACUUGCGUCUCUAUU